GAUUGGAUGGAGAAGAAAGAACUUGGGAUGCAGAACCAAUUGUACGAAGAGCUGCUAGAAAGCGACUCCAUGGAAUAUCGAAGACUCCUUCGGGUGCCCCAUGACAUCUUCGUUGAACUACUGGCCCGCGUCCGUCCGCGAAUACAGAGGCAAACGACGAACAUGAGGCGUCCUGUGAGCGCGAAGACCCGUCUCCAGCUGACACUGCGAUACUUGGCAUCUGGGGAAUCCCAUCACUCCCUGAGCCGACAGUUUCGCGUCGGCCACAGCGCUGUGAAUGACAUAAUUCACAGCACGUGCGCUGUGAUCUACGACAUGCUGAAGGACGAAGAACUGGCAGCACCCAAGUCGACGGACGCCUGGCUGCGGGUGGCUCAGCAGUUCAGCGACCGGUGGCAGUUCCCAAACUGUGUGGGUGGCAUCGACGGGAAGCACGUCGCCAUUAUAAAACCUGCAAAGUCCGGAACUGUUUACUAUAACUACAAAAAAACGUAUAGUAUCCUUCUUUUUGCACUUGUUGAUGCUAGUUGCAAGUUCCUGUAUGUCGAUGUCGGGACGCCCGGCUCCAAGGGAGACGCUGCCAUCUGGCAAACCACCCCUCUUCAGAAGGCAGUCACAAACAGGAGUUCUGGGCUACCAGACCUGGUAGACAUGAACACUUCGUCUGGGCUCCAGCUUCCACCUGUGAUCGUGGGGGACGACGCGUUCCCUUUAUCAUCGAACUUGAUGAAACCCUUCGGCGGAAACAGCCUAACACCUGAACAGAAGAUCUUCAACUACCGGUGA